UAGCUAGGUAGCCGGCUAGCCGUUGGCUAACGAUGUACGCGUCUAAAGAAUUUCGCUCAUUACAUUUAUGCUCUAAACACCACUUUGGAUAUUAUUCUAAAAUUCAGAAAGGUUUCGUAGGUUAGAUUAAAGCUCAUUGUUUGUGGAGUGACGCCAAUGUCGCUACGGUAGGCUGUUAUAGAAAAAAAACUUGUGGAGGCUAAGCUAGUUGUAUGCUACCUAGCAUAACAGGGCAGCUAGCUGAAGUGAAUGGAUUCUGUACUGGCAUGGUAAUUUCUGCCUGUAGUGACUGAGAAUGUUCAGAGCGAAGAAACUGGGGCACUGCAACAAAUGAUUGUUGGACAGAGUGGAAGUUACAGCGCCUCCCCUAUGCUUUUAGUUACAGCCCAUAAAAAAACAGGAAGGAAGAUGCAAUGCACUGAUGCACAUAAAGCACUACUGAAGAUGGAGAAGGUUAAGGAGGAUAUAGUGUCCAUGGUGAAGCAGAAUCCUGCUGGGAUCCCCUUGAAAAAGUUGUCUAUACACUAUGGUCAGACUUAUCACAGGAACCUGACGUUAUCCGCCUUGGGCUUCAACUCCAUGUCCAGCCUAGUCGCCUCUUUGAACAAAGAUCUGGUUGUAAGGGGUGAAAUGGUAUUUCACAAGACCAACCUGCCUUGUACCACUCAGGCUGGAGCUGAGAAGCCCACAAAAGCUAAAAAGGACAGUAACAAAGUGGAUGUUCUGGAAAAUGUAACAGCCAUGAUAAAAGAACAUCCAGAUGGGAUUCCUUUGAAUAAAGUAGCUAUAGCUUACAGCCAGAAAUAUCGCCACAAUCUAUCUUUAGCCUCUCUGGGCUUUCAAACAAUUUCUGGCCUGGUGGAGUCUCUGAAUAGUGACCUGCUUGUGGAAGGGGAAGUCGUGUUCCACAAGAUCAACAAACCGGAAAAUCAGUGUGGAAACAGGACAUUGGCAGAGUCUACAGACAACAGUGGACCUUCAACACCACAGAAAACUGAAUCCUCUACUGCAAGUACUAAUGCCACAACCAGUGUGAAAACAUCACAGGCAACUAUGAGCUCUACCUAUGUGUGCCCUUCUCCGGCAGCAGUACCCCUUGUCAGUCUUCCUCUAAUGUCCACUGCAUCUUUGUUCUCCACUCACUGUCUUCCUGUGAAUCCACUCCUAAGUGUACCCAAACCGGCCGAGAAUCUUGACCAUCAGCAGCUGUACCAAAGAGUUGUAGAGGUGAUACACCACUAUCAGCUGACUGCUCCAUCAAUGCAACAGCUCAAAACCUGCUAUUCACAGCGUUUUGGUGGAGAGUUUCCUCUUGCACUGUACAUGUCGAUGUAUGACAGCUUGGGAACUUCGCGCACUGAACCUCAGCCCACUGCUCUGCGUCAGACACCACCAACAGUAUCACAGAAUAUUACACGAGAGCCUGAAAGAGAGGCAGUGCAACAGGCUGCUGCAUCCAACAUCCUCUCUGACUCCGACUUUCCAGCACUGGGGGCAGAUAUGAACCAGAAGAGCAAAAUCAAAGCAGAAACACCAAGAGAAAGCAGUGCUGCCAUCUUUAGGGAUGCCUACCAUGCCCAACUGAGAGAGGUCCAUGGGUCGAAUGUGCGAGCAUUAGAAGCCCUGGAAGAGGACACAGAAGACCUCACAGGAAGGAGAAGGAAAAUACUGGAUCACAACACAGUCAACAGCCUGAUGGAGGACGUGAUACGAGACAUCGCGUCAGAGGGAGAGCUGGUUACUAAAGAGAAGGUGAUUUCCAAGACUUGCCAGCUGCUUCAAAUCCCAUCUUUGGAAUCAGCAAGGAUAAAACACUGGCAAAUUCCGGCUUUAAAAGACCUCCAAUACGUCAUUAGAGAGGUCAACAUGUUCUUAGAGUCUACUGAAGCGGUGUCGUCCAUCUGUACUCUGUAUGAGCUGGGUCGCUCACUGGCAGCGCUGAAGGACAAGAAGCGUUAUGAAGAGCUGAAUCUGGGGCCCCUCUGCAAACUUCCACUCGUCCACCGCAUGUUUAAGAUCGACAGUAACACCAAGGAUGAUGACAUCCACCAAAUCGAGACAGUAGAUAUCUUAAAGCAACUUCGCAUAUUUAGGAGGAAGCAGACAAAAGUGAAGGUAGACCUGGCAGAGUUUAUGAAGUAUCUGGCUGACCAUUACAACUGUGAAUCUCCAUAUGAACUCGGUAUCAGAAUUCACAGCGUCGGCCUACCUAUAGCUACCCUAAUGAAAGUGAGUCGUACUGAGCACACCAUGUUGGAGCAAGCCAGGGAGGUGAUCCAGAGGGAGUUGGAGGAGGAGACCCAGGAGCACCUCAGAAAGAUAAAGAAGAAUGUGCUGGAGGCUAUUCAGGUCCCAGGUUCCUUUUCCUCCACGCCUAACUUGGACCUCAGGAAGAAGUAUGCGCUCAUCCCGGCAGCUGAGGUAGUACUGGCUGUCCUGACAAACGCAGAAGGCCUGUUCAACCCCAGGAUGACCAAGCACGUCCAGGCCUUCCUGCUGCAGGUGUCCAGUGACCGGCUGGCGAAGGCUCUGUUUCAGCUGGCCAUCUGUGGAGGCUCCCUAGCUGUACCGCAGGAUCUGGUGCUGAAAGACAAAGCAUCCAAAAGCACUGACCAAAUGAAAAAGGAGGAAAAACCCACCACAUCCCUGCCCAGCGAAGCUGUGGUGAAGCAGUACGUUAAGGAGAGUCUCUCAUCUCAGAGCUCUGCCAUCACUUUAGCUCACAUUUCUUCGUUGGAGAAAAAAGUGACCAAACAAUUUCAUGUCAAAGAUUUCCUAUCUUUGGAACACGGCAGCUUCUUGGAGUUCCUGGUCAAACACAUUCAGCUGCUGCAGGAGUCAGUGGGCUCAGCUUUGAUUCUGAGCAGCAGCAGCAUGGAACUUGCAGGCAGUGGGUUCAGACCCACCAGACAGGACGUGUUUGAAUUCAUCAAGCAGUGUGGAGAUAUAAACACUUCUGAUCCAGAGCAACUCUCAUACAUUGAGUCAGCUCUGAGGUCCCACUACAAGGUGCGAGACAGUCGGGACCUUGGCUUUGGUACUCUGCAAAGACUAGCAGGCCUGGUCCAACAGCAGAAAAAGCUGGGUGGAGGAGGACUGAGCCCGGUCUACUACGAGUCUGCCCUGUUUGCAAAACUCAAGUCAAGUGCUGUAGAGGAAUGUGCAUCAGUGGGACGUCUUGGUGAGAUGUCCAAAGCCCAGGCUCUGGCCAGUUUACUCUCCUGCCCUCUACUAGAGGAUUUAAGCGAAUGGAGCCAGUGGGAGCUGAUCUUUAAACCCCUUCAUGGGCCCCUAAAAGAUUUCAUUGAAAGAAAUGCAGCUAAUACAGGCCUGGCUGCACUUGAAGUGACUCCAGGUUUGCUACUGAGAAUCACCACAAACACUGGAGACAAAUAUUUCUGUAGUGCAGCAGUGGACCUCGACCCUGUGGGCACAUCUGGGCAUCUUGUAUCCAUAGUGGUUGCUGACGGCAUUAUCAACGCUCCCACCGCCCUUCUGGCCAAUCACAUGCAGACCUCCUUAGCAGCAGCUGUAGCCAGAGAAGAUCUCACCCAGGCUGAAGAUGACGUGUCAUGUUACAGCACUGUGGCCAAAUUCCUUUUGUCUUGUUUGACACGAAUCCCAAUCAGAACCUGCAAAACUCUACUGCAGCAGGUAUUUUUGGAGCCUUUUUCUAAAGUAUUGGGCCAGGCCAAGUCUAAACACGUCCUGAUCACAGUGGCCCAGUCUGACCCGAAGCACAUGAACUGCCUACACCGACUGGGCAUCCUCUUGGGCAUCACAGACUGGGUAAAAGACUACCAGAAGAAGCUGAACCCACCACAGAUCCAAAACGGUUUCACAGCACCAGUGGAGGCAGCCAAGGCUAAUUAUGUAGAUUCAGAGAGCAGCAGUUUGUCAGCACUGAACAUGAGUGAAGAUGAGGAUCCUGACAUUAUGAACAGCAGCUUUUCCUCCUCACAUCUCAACCUACGACAAGUCAAUGGUGAACAAGAAGUAGAGAUUGAAGAGGAAAUGGAUGAAGAAGAGCUGUAUGAGUUGGCCUCUCUGUCUAAUGGGGAGACCUCAGACAUUAGCAGUGAAGCUGAAAAAAGCCAAGAGGAGGAACAGGCAGAAAUGCCUAAUGCUAAUGAAAAUGAUGCUGCUGAUCACCAAACAGAAAACACAUUAGAGCCUCAAAGAGCUGUGAUUGAAGACAUCAGGAAAAGUGAGUUUGGCAUUGGGGUGGAGUUGACAGCUGAAGGUCAGAAGUUGAUGCAGGUCCACCAAGACCGACUGGGCCGAAGCCUGGACCGCCUCUCCACCGAACUCUACAGCAAAGAUACUCACUUUGUACUGGAACUUAUUCAGAAUGCUGAUGAUAAUAAUUAUCCAUCGGAGACCAGUGUCGUUCCAGCGCUGGCCUUUGUGGUGACGAGGGACUGCAUCACUGUUCUCAACAAUGAGACUGGCUUUCAGGAGAGGAACAUCAGGGCCAUCUGUGAUGUGGGCCGCAGCACUAAGGGAAAACACAAAUAUGGAUACAUAGGACAGAAGGGCAUCGGCUUCAAGUCAGUGUUUAAGGUCACGGACUGUCCUGAGAUUCACUCUAAUGGCUUCCACUUGUACUUUGACAAGAACUGUGGCCCCAUGGGGUACAUCCUUCCCCACUGGACUGAAGACGAGAGACCUCUGGACAGUGAGCUGAAGGACAUUAAUGAGCACAGCUGGACCACAAAGAUCUGCCUCCCUCUACGCUCAGAGAGCCACCAAACUAGAAACCUGUUUCAUGAUGUGCACCCCUCUCUACUGCUCUUUCUGCAUCGCCUCCGUUCUAUUACCAUCUACAAUCAGAAUGAGAAGAGGCUUGUGACAAUGAUACGUAAAGACCUGAGUCAUAAUGUGCUAGAGGUGGAGCACACUGAUGGUACUGAGCGCUGGCUUGUAGUCAAAACCACACUGAAGCCAAGGAAGAUCAAAGAGGACGUUGAGUCAACAGAGCUAGCUCUGGCUUUCCAGCUGAAUAGUGACUUCACUUGUCAGCCUCAGAAACAGCCUGUAUUCGCCUACCUGCCCCUUCGCAGUUUUGGCUUCCGUUUCAUCGUACAAGCUGACUUCGAUAUCCCGUCUUCUCGUGAAGAUGUGGACAGAGACAGCUCAUGGAACCAGUGGCUUCGCUCUGAGAUCCCACAGCUGUUUCUUCAGGCCAUGGAUAUCUUUACUGAUCACCCAGAGUUCAAAGGUCUGAAGGGCCUUUGCCAUUUCCUGCAGUUUAUCCCAUUGCCUGAUGAGGUCCUGGACUUCUUCAAGCCUGUUGCUGGGCAGAUUAUUCAGCUGUUCAAGGGCAAGGCCUUUCUGCCUACACUGAGCUCAGAUGGUAAGGUUGUGUACAAGCUGCCAUCCCAAGUGGCCGUCUGUCAGGACGCUGUGAUCCGAGACGUGAUUGGUGGAGAAGAGCUGGAGAGGCAUCUGUGUCUGUCCUACCUCCAUCCUGGUCUAAACCCUGCCCCACCCACCUCCCUGCUCACUCACCUGGGAGUCCGAUACCUGCGGGGAUCAGAUGUUACCAUGGUAACCACAGCCAUGGCCAAGGAGCUGAUGAAAGCAGAAGGCAUUCAGUCAGAUAGUGGCCUCCGUCAGCUGGCCAGGCUGUUGGUCUGCAACUUCCGAGCUCUGGAGCAUGGCUAUGGGGAAGCAGAUUCCGUCUUACAGACCCUUAGGGACCUACCCAUAAUCCCCCUGGCUGAUGGACGUGUUGUUGCAUUAAAUGGAGAGGGAGUGUUUUUCCCAAUGGAAGAGAUAAAGACCAAGAAAAAGAAGGUUCAAGCUCAGACUGGUGGGCCACUGUCUGCACUGUACAAAGAUGUAAAUGUGGUUCACCCCACUCUGCUGAGCUGUGUGGAGCCUCUGGAGAGUCAGCAGGUGCGAGAGCUACUGAGAAGACUUGGAGUUCAUGAGCUAGAGCCGCAAGAGCUUCUAGAGCAGCACAUCUACCCAACAAUAAGGAGCAACAAAUGGAAGUCAAAGCCAGAGACGGUGGUUGUGAGUUACUUGGUUUUCAUCAAGCAGCAUUCGUCGUCCUGCCAGGAGCUUUCGAAUGCUGCAGUACCAGUUCUCACCAGCAGGGGUCUGCUGUGCCCAGCACAGGAGAGAGUGCACUUCUCUCAGGAGUAUGGCAAUAUGGACCUGCUAAAGAAACUGCCAGGCUGUGAUUGGAUUUUGCUGAGCCCAUGCUAUGUGCAGUCUGAUGGCGAUGUUGCAGGAUGGAGGGAGCUGUUCAGCCGACUUGGGGUCAGAGACGGUCUCAUUAGUCGCAAAGAAAGACGAACGCUCACUGCUAAAGAACUGGCCUCCAGCCCAUGGUCAGUGGAAAGUGCAAUGUGGCACCAGAAUCCAGAGGAGGGCUGCGUGCUCGAUGACUACCCUUGUGAAGAGUUCCAUGCUUUGGCCACAGCUCAGCUGCCGGGUUCUGUGCUCCUGCAGCAGAGACUGACAUUACUGGAACUGCUGGCAACUAACUGGGACACUGGACAUUGCUACUCUCAAUACCUCACAGCCCAGGUGAUUGACAGUGAUGGACGGCAAAUCAAAAGCACCAGGUCAUCCUUUUACUACUUUCUGUGUCGUCUUGAAUGGCUGCCAGCCUACCGACCAACGGAAAACGGGCAGCAAGAAAGGAUGUACCUCUGUCCCAGCUUGGUUUACCUGGCUUCACCUGAGGUCAGCAGUCUGUUGGGGAGUCACGUCUCUUAUGUGGACAUCGACCCCAGCGAGUUCAGCAGAGCUCUAGGAAUGAGAAACACAAUUACAGUGGAAGUUUUGAUUAAUUACCUGAAGGAGUGGUGUAUCAAACCAGAAACAGAUGACCAGGAGUCAGAGAAUGAAUCACAGGGGGCAGAGUUCACAUCCACUGUUGAGCACAUCCACAACGUUUACACCUACCUGCAUAAGAACUGUUCCCACGGCAGCCUGAAGGAACUGUUCCAGCAUACCCCCGCUGUAUUCGUACUUCUUAACAGACGUAGUGAUGAGUGGUGUUCAGGACGCUUCUACCACCUGAAAGACGUGUGCUGGAACGACCCGACAAUGAUGUUCCAGCGCUACAAACAACUAACUAACAGAGCAGACAGUCCUGUCCAGCAGCCCAGAGUCUUAGCUCCUUUCUACAGUCAACUGGAAGGCAUGAGAGACUUCUUCACCAGGCUGCUGAACGUGGAUCUCAGCCCCAAUAUGAAGCAGUACGUGGGUUUGUUGGAACUGAUCUGCUCAUCAUCUCCCAUACCAACUGCUGAAGUACGGCAGGAUGCAUCUGUGUUGUAUGCCAGACUCGCUCACAAGUGUAAAAUCCAAAUACCUGCAGACCAGGAAAGCAUGUCUCAGCCCAAGCUCAAUCCAAGUUACUGCUCUACUUUGAAAGGUAUGGUGUCCGAUAAACGGGUUUUCCCCACCAAGGACAACAACUGGGUGACUCUGGCUCGCAAGCCCAUGAUCGCUGACAGCAAAGAACUGGAGAAGAUCUUUAAAACUCACAAGGAGGUCUGCCUCCUCGACCUGCCAUCAGCAGAGAAGAAAACUGCCCCAAGGACCAAGACCGGUCAGUCAACAUCAGGAGAGCGACCUGCCUUCAGAGAGGAGGACCGGGAUUUGUUUUUAGAGAUCUGUGGUAUCCAACAUUUGUCCGACUGUGUCAAAACUGAGCCCCAGACUGAGAACUUUAGGCCUUGUGUGGCUAUGCAGGCCAUGGUGCGCUCUGUGGUCCCCUACAUCCAACGAUUCCUCUACCACCAUGAGGACAUUGGUGAUCUCUAUUCAGAACUAAUUGACAAUAACAUUGCAGAGAAAGUCAAGCAACUCCACUUUGGACAGGUCGGUAAGCUGUACAUUCGCUACCAGCUGGACGUGGCGGAUGGCGAAGACGCUGUGGUGGAGGUGCAGGAUGUCAUCUGUCUGCUGAAGGACAAUAAGGAGCUCUACAUCCAGAAGGAUCAUCUCUCAGCCAAACUGGACAUCUGCAGGGAGCUGGUGAAACUGUUCUGCACAGAGAGCAGCCACAGAAAAGAGCUGAUGCAUUUCCUCAGUGGCCUGAUAACCUCGCUCAGUGACCAAGCAGCUCUGACCAGAUACUUGCGAAAGGAGGACAUCAAGGAGCUGCCGAGUGACGAGGAGCAGUGGGAAGUUCCCGAGCCUCCAAAACAAGACUGCAGCCUGGAAAGAGUGCUGUCUAGGAGUUACUCGCAGCCCUCAGAGGAGACACCUCGGCCUGUACAAGAAGACGAAGAGCAGACACUGGUUUGUUGGCCUCCACGAGCAUCUAUAAUGAACACAGGAGGAAGCCGCAAAGCAGGUCAGGCUGAUGGAGGCGUCGUAGAGGCCGUCAAUAAGAUGUGGCCGCCUCCUGCAGGACCUAAAGACAGGGAUCCGCAAAAGGAGCCCAGAGACAGCGUCAGUAAUGUCACUCCCAGCAGCAGCUACAAUGAGAUGAGCCACAACAGACCCACAGAGCAGCCGAGUCUUCAGAGAACUCAGAGUCAUCCGGGCCCGCCAAUCGCCGCCGCCGCUGUGACGACGAACAUACCCCGACCUCCAGAGCGCAGUCAGCACAUCGAGCCUGAUGAGUGUGUGACAGCAGAGACAGGAGAAAAGAGCGCCGCAGCUUCCAAAAUGACACCGACUCCCCCAUCUGAACAGCCUGCCCAGACCGUCGGCGAGCAGCCAGCUCCAAACAGCCUCAGUGCCGUUCCAGAUGCUGUCAUGCUUCCCAGUACCUUCCAAGGGACUGCAGCCGCUGCAGAGACUCACCGUCCUCCUCUGAACCUUGACUUCCCCUUCUGGAACAAAGUCCAGCCCCCACAGGCCACACUGGAGGACAUGGAGCUCAACUGCCAGAGACCCACCACCGUGUUAUUAUCCGAUGACCAGCGAGAUGUGGCGGCGAUCGGCGAGUGGGGCGAACAGCUGGUCAACUCCUUCCUGUGCCACUGGAGGGACAGCGACGACCCGGGACGACCCACUCAAGUUCUGUGGUGCAAUCAGAGCGGGGAGAGCGGCCAGCCCUACGACUUCAAGCUCACCUACGGAGCCACCGACGGCAGACACAGGGCGGUGUACGUGGAGGUGAAGUCGACUGUCAAGAAGGAGAAGUCGUUCAUCCACCUCUCCGCCAACGAGCUGGACUUUGCACUGAAAGAGAAGGAGCGUUAUCACAUAUUCAGAGUCUACAGCGCAGGCGACGCUCAAAGCGUACGCCUGUGUCGUAUUCAAAACCUUGCACAGCACCUCCACACCAAGGACCUCGCCCUCUAUCUGUUUGUAUAAGUACGUGGAGAGACUUUUGCACUUUUGCACUGUAAGAGAAUGACAAGCCUUUCUUUUAACUGCACUGUUCUUUAGUAUAAAUGUGCCUAUGAAUACAGGUUUGUUUUGUUAUUAAGUUUUUUGCUGAGAAAAUUUUAAAUUUGCACAUUCCCUUUGUUGUCUUUCUAGUACUUUUUGGAUGUUUUCAAUGGAUAUAUUUUUAAUGUUUUAUCCCUUUUUAUUCCCUCUACCUCACCUUUACUCCAACAGUCCUUAUAAAUAAAACAUUCUUUCACCACUUGGCAA